UUCCAUCAUUUACGUUGAACCUCUUCUUUCCCUCGGUCUCGAAAAUGAUCGACAUUAAAGCUGUCCUUCUUUUGGUCGUUAUUGGAAGCCACGCGUUUUUGGUUGUCACUGCGCGUGCCACCGACAAAAACGCUGAUUUGUUAGGUAGUGUCGCAAACCGCACAUCAUCUAGACGUGAAAGCUUCUCUGCCCAGUCUGACUCUUACGACCCAACAAUUUCUACCAGCAAAGCAGGUGGCAAUCUUGCCACUUCCAGUAAAAGGAAGGGGAAAUUCUUUGGGCUGACCACUACUGCAGGCUCGGGAAAUAACUUACAACUUGGACUCUCCUUUAUUGUGCCAUUCCUAAACAUUCCAUUUGGAGCCAGCAGCACGUCUUCUUAUUAUGGCUCAAACUAUGCGACCACGCCGUCAUAUGGAACGAGCACAAGUCUUCUCGGCGUCAAUUCAGGCAGCAUCAUCUAUGCUGUUAUCAUCGGCUUGGCGGCAAUCAUCCUUAUCCCUCUAUUCAUUUACUCUUUCACCGGAGUCAGUACCUCACCGUACGGACGAAGUGAUGACAUCCAAAGUAUUUUGACAAACCUGGCAUCUCGAGUUGAUGACGCUCUUCAAAACCAGUACGAUAUCGAUGCGCCCAGCUGUUUGCAAAGAGCUGUAUGCUCCCAAAUAACAUCUUCGACGAAACGAAUGUCCGAAGGAACUGCGGGAUCAUUUGAGAAAAUUAUCGACGGAUUGGCCUCGAAUUCUUACUUGAAUGCCUUGUUAUCGGGCACUAAAGUUCAUGAGGCCAUUUCUGAGGCGAGGAGCGGAGCGUCGUGCGACACGUAUUUCAGUAAAUGCCCAUACAGCUUGAAUUCGAUCAACCGUUCUUUGGCCGAUUAUGCUGAGAAAUAUGUCAGCCAACAGGAAAACAACGAGGAUUUUUUGGAUUCCUUCAAUGAUGUUCCCUUGGAGUAAAUUUCAGUAGUUUGGUUUAUAUUGUUAAAUUGAAUUCGUUUUAAAAAUAUUUUAUUAGCCGGUAGUCUAUCAAUUUUUAUGUUCUGUGCAUUUCUUUAAUGAGCGUUCAAUAUAUAUAUGUGAUGCUUGUAUAAAUGACAAGAGAUGCUACGCGCAAAUUAUACAGGCUCUAUCAAAAAAUCAUCUCAGCCCUAUUAUUUUAACCACUGAUGUUUUUAUAAAUUGGCGCCCGUCAUUUCAAAAAAUAAACGAAUGGUGUGGUGAUCACAUAAGAGA